AUUGUUUUUGUUGUUGCUUAAAUGUUGUGGUGGAGUAAAUAUUGUUAAAAAUUCCUGAAGAAAAAUACAAGCCGAGAGGCUUGUAUAAUUGUACAUUGACUUCUGAGUAUGCAUUAAUUUUCAACACUUCCAAGUGGUUUUGUAGUCUUUCGGAAAUUUACAUUUCCGCAACCAUUUUGGACUUCUAAACGUUUGACGUCGAGGACGUCCAGAUACCUAUAGCAACAUGCCAGAGCGAGAUGGGGAUUCUGAGCUUGGAGAGCAGUCGACACGACUUACCAAUGAUGAUUUCCGACGAUUACUUAUGACCCCAAGGGCGGGAGCACCUUCUUCGCUCCCGCCCCUUUCAUCUCUCUUACAAUCUGCCAUGAAAGAUAAAGACAGUGGACUCAGCAAGACUUCUGCCGAGGAUGACACAGAUGAUAGAGCUGAGCGUAGGCGUAAGAAAAAGAGCUUCUAUGCUAAACUUAAGAAACAAGAAGAGGAUAAAAUGGCAGAAUUAGCCCAAAAGUAUCGUGAUCGUGCUAGAGAGCGACGUGAUGGAGGACAAGACCAACCUGAAGAUCCUUUAUCUGCUGCGAGCGGAUACAGGGCUGUUGCUCCUGAUUUGAAAUCCGGUUUGGAUGCUGCUGAGAGGCGUAGGCAAAUGAUUCAGGAAUCCAAAUUCUUGGGUGGUGACAUGGAACACACCCAUUUGGUGAAAGGUUUAGAUUAUGCUCUCUUGCAAAAAGUAAGGUCUGAAAUCCAUUCAAAAGAAGCUGAAGAGGAUGAAGAACUUGAGAGACUUGCAACUGUGAAACCUGUGGAGCGAAAAGAAGAGAUAAAAAAAGAAGUUCCUCAAGACAAAGAAAUGGCAUUCAAGACUAAACUUGGAAGAAAUAUUUUUCGAGCUGCAAUUCCAUCACAAAAAAUAGAAAUGAAUGAAAUGUUUGCACCAGGGCGUAUGGCCUAUGUCAUUGAAUUAGAAGGUGACUUUGCAGAGACUGACAUUCCUACAACACUUAUUCGGAGCAAAGCUGAUGUUCCAAGUCUGCAGACUAAUUCUACUUUGACCACAAAUGACAUUGUCAUCAACAAACUUGCUCAGAUUUUGUCAUAUUUACGUCAAGGGCGGCAUGGCAAGAAGGGGAGAAGGAAGGACAAAUCUGGUAAAAGAGGUGGAAUGGGUGACGAUGAACUCAAUAUAUACCCAGAUUUAGCAGAAUAUGAGCCGUCCACAGCAACUUCGCAUUUAGCCGCUGAACAAAGAGCAAAGAAGAGAGCUCCCUACUUCAGUAAAUCAGAACAUGACAUUGAUGAUGGCCCUUCAGUUUCACGUUCAAUUCCUAAUCCAUCUGCUCUUGCAAAUGCCCUUGCUGGUGAAGGAAGUAGCAGCAGUAAGGGUGAGGGAUUGAAGGCCAAAGGAAUGCUACUUAACCGCUUGGCUGCUGAACCUGAGGGAUAUGCAGAAUGCUACCCUGGUCUUGAGGAAAUGCAAGACGCCAUUGAUGAUUCUGACGAUGAGGUUGAUUACACCAAGAUGGAUUUGGGCAACAAGAAAGGACCAGUCGGGAGAUGGGACUUUGAUACCCAAGAAGAGUACUCUGAGUACAUGAAUAAUAAAGAGGCAUUACCAAAGGCUGCUUUCCAGUAUGGUGUCAAAAUGGCUGAUGGAAGGAGGACAAGAAAAUUCAACAAGGAAAAGAAUGAAAAGGCAGAGUUGGAUAGAGAAUGGCAAAAAAUUCAAAAUAUCAUUCAAAAAAGGAAGGGACCAUCCACUUCAAAAGAUUCAGAGCCAUCUUUUAAAGUCCCUCGAUAUUAAUUUCUAUUGUUUUGGUUUGUUUUGUGAGAUUCUUGUUAUUAAUGUAAUCAUUAUUGUAAAUUUGAUUUCAAUUGUAGAUUUUGCCUGCUUUUGUGAAAUGAAAUGUGCAUCACUCUUCA